UUUAUAAUAUUUGUAUGGAUUCUUCUUCUGUGCGAUUGUUUAUUCUUUUGUGACUGCUUCUGUGAAAUUUUUAUUAUGUAGUUCGGACGCCCACUAUAUGGUGACGUAUGGUGACGUUUUUGGUGUCCAACAACAAGAACGACCUAAUUAUGAGGAGGAACUUGUUGAUAUCAGUAAGCAUUGGGAUGACUUGGAGGAAGAGGAGGAAGAAGAGGAGGAACAUAUCGAAGAAGAGGAAUUGGAGGUACUCGAAGAGAAGGAAGAAAGGAUUGCACCAGGAACCUUACUCGGAACAACGCACAUGUAUAUGCUUGGGGCAAUGGAUAAACCUGGUGCUAAAAGGGUUGAGCUACUAUUAGGACAAAAUGAAUUAAAGGCUUUGGAUGAUGUUACUUUCGCAGCAAAGAAGCAAGGGAAGAAAAGAAGCAAUGAAAUCAACGCGAAGAACUUCAGUGACAUGGUGGCAAAGGCUAAGAAAAAGAGGAAGCGCAAGAUGUGGGAAAAAGGAAAGGAAGGCAAAGAAGAAGGAUUUCAAGUUUUAGACCCAAAGCUAUACAUCAAAUUCGCAUAGCAUGAAUGCUCCCCCUCCCCCAUUGGAUAUAUUUUGUUUGGUGAAUAUAUUGUGAACUAUGAAAUUCGAAGGAUCUGACACAUUGAAAGUUCUUAUUGACAUGUAAAAUAUGAAGUUCUUUGGUCGAUCAUGGGCCAUCUUGGUUCGAUUAAUGAAUGGACAGGGCAGCUAGUUGUACUAUUGAGGUAGGAGUGAUAUUUAAAGGGAAUUUGAUUAGUGAAUCCAUUCCGAUAUCGUCAAUGAA